CAACACUUUAUAAUCACAAGUGGCUGUCAGGAGCGUCAGGAGAGCCAGCCAGCGUGGACGUCAGCCCUUUGUAUGACUUUAAGAUGUGAGAGACAAACGUUGAAGAUGUCACGCGGAUCGGUGCCUCUCCCGCUCCUCCUCUUUCUCCUCCUGACGGCGACCACAACGACGAAGGGACUGAAGGCGGGGCACGACAACUUCAUCCCCUGCAGCGGCGGUACAACUAGCGGCUCCAUCAUCGACGAAAUCCUCUGCGACCCCGAUGGCCUUGUACCCCCUGUGGAGAGUCACAACAUCUGCCAGCUCCUGAUGAAGUGUGGCGAGAAGGCGGGUCACGUCAGGGUGGUCAUGUUCCUCGCCGCCACCUUCACAGCCCCCGACGCGAACAUUGUGAGGUCCUCGAAUUCCUACUCUGCCUCCGCCUUCGCUUCCGCCUUCCCCUCCGCCUCCGCCUCCGUCGCCUCCACCGCCGAGAAUGUGACAACUGAAGAUGAUGGUGACGUGGAUGACAGGACGAGUAUUAAUCUUCUGAAGGAGCUCGUGGUGGCCUCCUACAAACUGAACGGCUCCUCCUCCACUUCCACUACCUCCAAAACCAACAACGACGACAACACUUCUACCUCCUCCACCGCCUUCUCUCCAUCCUCCAUUCUCCUCGUGGUGGCGAUCAAGGACCCGUUUCAGGUGGCGACGUGGCACAGCGCGGCCCUGGACGGUACUCUGACGAGGGGGGCGGUGGAGGACGUGGAGCGGCGGGCUGGGACACCGUUGGACCAGCAGUACUUCUCCUCCGCCGUGGUGCACGUGGCCCAGGAGCUGUGUCAGAGCACACGGCCGAGGGGGUCAAGGACGCUUCGGGACAUCGCCCUCACUGUCGUCUGGAUCGCCUUCGUCGCCGCCUUCUUCGCUCUUCUCCUGACCAUCGUGGUGGCGCUCCUCCGGGCUCACCACCGCGCCGGGAGGACACGCCGCGUCGAGGCCGGACACGAGCAGGUGAGGCGGAAGGAAUCGUCUCGGCCGUUCGCCAUCACCAGCACCUCGGAGAUCCAGGACCUCGGCGCCGUGUACUACAAGUCCUCGGGCAAGGUUCUCCUCGCCACCAUGGACAUCACAGCCGUGCCCCCUCAUAACUGCUCCUCCACUGACAACUUGCUGCAGAAUUGAGGUCGCCCGAGGAACGACUGAGUGAGCGUUUGAGAAGGAGAGAGACAGCGGUGCGUGAACUCACAUUACAACUAACGCUAUGAAGUCCUCGAAGUAAUUACGAGAACGUUAUUAUAGUGCCUGUAUAAAGGAAAUGCCAAUGAAGUGUCUGAAGAGGUGGGAUUGAUGUUCUCUUUGAUGUAGAACUAAGAAAACUGAACUCUUAGAGGGAUUCAAGCAAGCGUUCGAAGCACCAGACAGACACCGAGGCACUACACUGCGUCUGAAGCCACCAUCAAGUCGUCACAAUUAGAAUAAGAACUGCAUUACUUACUGUACAUAUAUAAAACUAAAUAGACUAGCCACGAAAAUGAAAAAAAAAACGAAGAGGCUGAGGUUAUUAAAUGGCUCUGUGGGACAUGAAACUAAAACAGUUAACAAGGCUAAAAAAAAAAAAGUUUGGUAUGAUGCUCGACCCUCCCUCCACGGACCUCUGCUAUUUACGAGGCUGUGUGAAUAGGGGGCGAGGGGUGCCAUCUAGUGGGACUGUGGGGGUACUAUGACGUUCAGGGUCAUUGGGGAUGUCAUUUGAAAUACUGUAGCAAGUGUUUUACAUUAAGGUCAGCAUAGUGUGUGUAUGUGUGUGUGUGUGUGUGUGUGUGUGUGUGUGUGUGUGUGUGUGUGUUGCAUAAAUAAAGCAUGUAAUUAGCUA